GAGACCAUCAAACGUCGUUCUACGUUUGGCCCGAUCUGAUCCACCGUUUGUCUCCGAGAUGAGUCUGCGACUGUGCCUGCUGGCCUGCCUCCUGGUGGCGGCCCAAGCCUCCAAGGAUGCCAACAUGCAGCUGAAGCCAACCAGGUGGUUAACCACUUCCGAUUUGGAGAGUGUGCCCUCCCUGAAUGACAUCACCUGGGAGCGUUUGGAGAGCCAGCCCCUGGAGCAGGGUGCCAAGCUGAUUGAGAAAAUCUACCACGUUGGCCAAAUCAAGCACGAUCUGACCCCCAGCUUUGUGCCCAGCCCCAGCAACGUGAACGUGUGGAUCGUCAAGUCCAAUGGCCAAAAGGUGGAGGCUAAGCUGAACAACUAUGUGGAGAUUGCCAAGUCUCAGCCUGGUUUCGGCGAGGAUGAGGUUACCAUUGUCCUGACCGGUCUGCCCCAGAAUAGCCAGCCCGCCAAGAAGGCCAUGCGUAAGCUGGUCCAGGCCUAUGUCCAGCGUUACAACCUCCAGCAGCUGCAGAAGAAUGCCCAGGAGCAGCAGAUCAAGACCACGGAUUACGAUUAUACCAGCAGCGAGGAGACAGCCGAUCAGUGGAAGUCGGCCAAGACCUCCAGCGGCGAUUUGAUCAUCAUUGACCUGGGCUCUACCCUGACGAACUUCAAGCGUUACGCCAUGCUGGAUGUGGCCAACACUGGUGCCAUGAUCGGCCAGACCCUGGUCGAGCUGACCAACAAGGGUGUGCCCCAGGAGAUUAUCCAUUUGAUUGGCCAGGGUAUUGCCGCUCAUGUUGCCGGUGCUGCUGGUAACAAGUUCACCUCCGAAACUGGACACAAGCUCCGCCGCAUCACUGGUUUGGACCCUGCCAAGCUGCUGUCCAAGCGUCCCCAGACCCUUGUGGGAUUGUCCCGCGGUGAUGCCGACUUUGUUGAUGCCAUCCAUACAUCCAGCUUUGCCAUGGGUAGCCCCAUUCGCUGCGGUGAUGUUGAUUUCUAUCCCAAUGGACCCUCGGUCGCUGUGCCCGGCUCUGAGAAUGUGAUCGAGGCUGUGGCCCGUGCCACCCGCUACUUUGCCGAGUCCGUGCGUCCCGGUAGCGAGCGCAACUUCCCCGCCGUCCCCGCCAACUCGCUGAAGCAGUACAAGGAGCAGGAUGGCUUCGGCAAGCGUGCCUACAUGGGUCUGCAGACCGAUUUCGAUCUGCGCGGCGACUACAUCCUGCAGGUGAACGCCCAGAGUCCCUUCGGUCAGCGCAGCCCCGCCCUCAAGCAGGCCGCCUACCACGGUGUCCAUCGUGCCCAGAACUAAGGGAGUUCCCCUAGUUCGAUCCAACCGGACAGGGUCACCGGUCUGGCCAUGUCCGUCGUCCGAUACUCAGAAAAAACACCCGGAAAAAUGUAGUCUAGUGAAGAGUUCCAUUGAACAAAAAAACUAAAAAAAAAAUAAUUAAA